CUGUGAUCUCUCCAUCACUCCCUCAUUCUGCCAUUUGCUCCCCUGCUUUUAAGACAGGGUGCUGUUUUUUUUAAUUUAUUUAUGUUUUAAUUCCAUUCAUGCAUUAGUGUGUGUGUGUGUGUGUGUGUGUGUGUGUGUGCGCGCGUACAUCAUCAUUAUCACUAGUAUUAGAAUUAUUAUCUUCAUUACCUGUGUGAGUGUGUGAGUGACUCUUAUUAUUCCAGUUCAAUCAAACCUGCUCCAAUGUAACUGCACACUGUCCUCCCUCCCUCCCUCCCUCCCUCCCUCCUCUCCCCUCCCUCCUUCCCUCUCUCAACGCUCUCUCUUACUCUCUCUCUAAUUCCCUCCAUCCCUCUCUCUGCUCCGAUCAUUAUUCUGAGCUUUAUUAUCGAGAAAUAUCCGAGGUGCUACAGAGAUACAGACCCAUUUUGUCGUCUUUUUUCUUUUUUUUUUUUUCCUUUUUUGUUAAAAAAAACCCUGGAUUCCUCAGUCUGUGCAUUUGGACCAUGUCAUAUGUUCCUUUCAGAGAUGCCCGGUGUGCCCCCCCUGCUCCCCCAGUGUAUCGCAUGCCCCCUUACUCUCACUCUCCGUACGAGCGGCCUGGCUGGAACCCACGUCUCUGUGUGAUCUCAGGAAAUCAGCUCUUUAUGUUAGACGAGGAAGAGGUCCACCCCUUGUUGAUGCGGGAGAGGAGAGCAGAGACGCAUCGAAACAAGCUCCUGCGACGCACUGUGAGCGUCCCUGUGGAGGGGAGACACCACACUGAGCAGGAGUACGCUCUCGCUCGUUCUCGUCGGAAGAGCAUCGCCACGGGGAAGCUUCCCAGCAUGGAGACUCCGCCCACCGCCCCGCCCCAGCCCUUCCGCCAGCCCAGUUUCCUCAGUCGCAGGUUGAAGGGCUCUAUCAAGCGAGCGAAGAGUCAGCCCAAACUGGACCGAACCAGCAGCUUCCGUCACAUGAUCCUGCCCCGAUUCCGCAGCGCUGACCAGGACAG